AUGAUCUAUGUCAAAUACCUCAUAGGGCUUCUGUCCCUCUUUCACGCAGCAGUGGCUGCUAGGUCGAGAUAUGUGGUGGUUGAACAACUGAACAGCGUACCGAGUGGAUGGGAGAAAGGCGCCACUCCCUCGCCAUCCACUUCGAUGAAAUUUUGGUUGGCGAUAGACCACGAAUACAAGGCAGAAUUUGAACAGAAAGUCAUCGAUCUUUCCACGCCUGGUCAUCAAAGCUAUGGAAAGCAUAUGAAACGCGAGGACGUUCGGGCCUUCCUGCGUCCGUCCGAUCAAGCAUCCGAGACGAUCCUGUCCUGGUUGGAGUCUGAGCUUGUUCCCUCAGAUUCUAUCAAGGAGCAUGGAGACUGGAUCGCUUUUACAGUCCCUUUGUCCAAAGCAGAGUCGAUGAUGCGGACGGAAUUCCAUAGCUUCCACCGCCCGGGGACGAACGUGACACAGAUUAGGACGCUCAAGUACUCGGUCCCUGAGAAUAUUGAUCCCUACCUUCAGAUGAUUCAACCAACGACCCACUUCGGACAGCCUAAGACGCAGACAAGUUUGCCGGGUUUCGUGCCAGUGACAAUCGACGUCGAUGACCCAAAUGGAAACUGCUCAACAGCCGUAACGCCAGGUUGCCUUCGUCAACUUUAUGGAAUUUUUGACACUAGAGCGGACCCUGACCCAAGUAAUGUACUCGGCGUUUCCGGUUAUCUGGACCAGUACGCACGCUACAGCGACCUUGAGCAAUUCAUGGACGUGUACGCACCGAAUAGCACAGGCGCCAACUUCUCGGUUGUUUCGAUCAAUGGUGGUCUUAAUCUACAAAGCUCGUCCCAGUUGAGCACGGAAGCAAGCCUCGACAUUCAAUAUGCUAUCGCAGUGGCGUAUGAUGCCAAUACGACAUUCUACACCACUGCGGGACGCGGGCCAUCCAUAUCUGACCUGGGUGAGUUGAGCACCGAUGGCUCGACCAACGAGCCGUAUCUCGAACAGCUUCUGUACCUGCUAGAUCUUCCAGAUGAUGAGCUACCCGCGGUACUCAGCACAUCCUAUGGCGAAGAUGAACAGAGCGUUCCGGAGCAGUAUACACGAGCCACAUGCAAUCUUUUCGCCCAGCUAGGGGCACGGGGGGUGUCUGUGAUUUUCAGCAGCGGAGACUCGGGCGUAGGGGGGUCUUGUCUCUCCAAUGAUGGAACCCAGAGUAUCCGCUUUCAACCUAUAUUCCCGGCCUCAUGUCCUUUUGUCACCGCCGUGGGUGGCACUGAGGGUGUCAAUCCCGAAAGAGCAGUUGAAUUCUCGGGAGGAGGGUUCUCAGAGCGCUUCGCUCGUCCAUCAUAUCAAAACGCAAGCGUGCAAAGUUACCUUAAUAGCCUGGGAGGCAAAUGGGACGGACUCUACAACCCGAAUGGGAGAGGCAUUCCAGAUGUUGCAGCCCAAGCCAGCAGCUUUGUCAUCCGAGACCACGGGGAGUGGCUGCAAACUGCAGGCACCAGUGCUGCGGCCCCUGUCUUUGCGGCAAUUAUCUCUCUAUUGAAUGCAGCGCGGCUCCAGCAGGGUAAACCCACAUUAGGGUUUCUCAAUCCGUGGCUGUACUCAUUGAAUCAGACAGGUUUCACAGAUAUUGUGCAUGGAGGCUCAGUGGGCUGCGAUGGGUUAUUCGGAGGAGCUCUGGUUCCGUACGCAAGCUGGAAUGCCACUAAGGGAUGGGAUCCGGUCACCGGCCUCGGGACGCCUUUCUAUCAAACUUUGGAGCAGAUUGUUAAAGAUUCGUAG